AUGGGCCAGACGAGGUUAAGGGAGCAAGAUGAUGCAAGAGGACCGGAUGUCACAUUGAUCCGUCAAAUGGUCGUCAUUGGAGGUAUCACCUCCUAUGGGGUGUUCACCUUUUCUAAUACAAAUCGUGCCGAAUCUAAAACGAUCCGAUGUUACGCAGCAAUGAGGUGCAAUGGCGCUCUGCUUUUUUUUAAUGGUGCGCAAUUGACCAUUCGGUAG